AAGCUUCAUACCUCUGACAUAAAGCAACAAGGGAGGUGUCAGUCAGGGCCUGAUACAGAUCGCUCCGCCUUAUGCAGCAACAUAUCGGGGACUUAUCGGAUAAUAACCUCUCCCGACCGCACUGACCAUGCAAUAUUUGAUAGAUAUCCCAACCUUCUGGCCUGUCAGUAAAAACCUCUAAUACUAUUUAUCCACGUGUUUCGCUAUGGCGGUGUAUCGCUGCUAACCCCAACAAAUCGGGAUUGGGCUUAACUAUUCAAAACAAAUAAAUAAUUUAUCGGUUGCUUCAUUUAACACCUUCAGGAUUACUGUUGAAAUGAAUACACUGUCGCUGUACAAAUGGACUCUCCCGGGAGUCGGAUAAGUCGUACAGGGAUAUAGGCUAGUGUCAAGCAUGCGAGGCUGUGUCGUUCUAAAAACGCUUGAAGGAGGAUGGAUUUGAGAAUGGAUUCGAAGUGGUUCUUAGUCGCAAGUGCUUUGGUGAUUGUUCUGGGAUUGGGGACUCGCGGCCAUGAACCCGCGGAAAAGAAACUCCACGAAUUCUUACUCAGCGAAAAGUACAGCAAGCUAAUUAGACCUACCGGAAACAACACGGUCCAGCUAACAGUCAAACUGGGCAUGCGCCUGUCUCAGCUCCUGGAUGUGGACGAGAAAAACCAGAUCAUGACCUCCAGUGUAUGGCUGAGACAGGAGUGGGUGGACCCCCGGUUGAGAUGGGACCCCCGGUUGUAUGGUGGAAUCUCCAUGACCCACAUCCCGUCCGAAUCCCUCUGGCGGCCUGACAUAGUUAUCUACAACAAUGCUGACGGCGACUUUGUGGUGACACUGCAAACAAAAGCCACCGUAUACCACACAGGGAAGAUCGUGUGGGAGCCGCCAGUCAUCUACAAGACCUACUGUCCUAUCGACGUGGAGUACUUCCCGUUCGACAUGCAGGAGUGCUUCAUGAAGUUCGGUUCAUGGACCUAUGACGGUCACGAGGUGGACCUGCAGCACCUGUGCGACUCACAAGCCGUGUUCUACGAGGAUACCAAAGAGAAGGUGAUCGACCGAGGGGUGGAUCUCAAGGACUUCUAUCAGAACGUGGAGUGGGACAUCAUCAACGUCACGGCCCGCCGGAAAGAAAAGUUCUAUCCGUGCUGUCCGGAACCGUAUCCAGAUAUUACCUUUAACAUCACGCUCCGUCGCCGGACGUUGUUCUACUCCCUGAAUUUGAUUAUGCCAUGUUUAUCCAUCUCGUGUCUGACGGUGCUGGUGUUCUACCUGCCCUCAGACAGCGGGGAGAAGAUCACCCUGUCCAUCUCUAUCCUCCUGGCCCUCACUGUGUUCUUCCUUCUCCUCUCAGACAUCAACCCUCCAACAUCGUUUGUCAUCCCACUCAUCGGGAAAUACCUCCUCUUUACCAUGAUAGUUGUGACAUUGUCAAUAUUCCUGGCGGUCUACACGUUGGGCAUACACUUCAGGAAACCUUCCACACAUCGAAUGAGUCCAUGGAUCAAAAGAGUUUUUACAGAAAUUCUUCCAAAGAUUUUGUUGAUGAAACGCCCCGACGUUGACAGGAACCCUACAGUUAAUGUGCGAACUCCCAACGGACUGGAGCGCCGGGAAAUCUGGGAAUCCAAGGGACUGGAUCGUCGGGGCUUUGGAGAGAUCUGCGAGUCCAGGGAAAGCUGUUUGAUGUGUUCAGACUCCCACGAAUCCGACGAAAUGAAGAGAUAUCCGCCAGAAGUCAAGGAGGCGCUGUCCGGAGUGAAGUUUGUAGCCGACCACCUCAGGAGUGCAGAUAAAGACAACUUGGAAGAAAGGGACUGGAAGUAUGUGGCAAUGGUAAUGGACCGUCUGUUUUUAUAUAUUUUUACAACGGCUUGUGUAUGCGGAACUCUCAGUAUUUUUCUAUACGCCCCGUCGCUGUACGAUCCGAGGGAACCAUUGAACACUGAGGAAGCCACAGACUGUACCUAUUGAAGAUGGCACGGAUAUAUCAGACU